AUGGCAUCGACUAAUGGCCAAGACCAAUGGCCCAAAGAAGACAUUGAGAUGUUACUACACCUUGUAGAGAAGAAUCUCCCACCCAAUGACAGUCGCACAUUCAAAAUGACCCAGUCAAAGGUGGACUGGGGAAAAGUGGCUUUUAAAAAUUAUUCUGCAGAAAUGUGCAAGCUCAAGUGGUUAGAAAUUUCCAGUCAAACAAGAAGGUUUCGUACUUUGACAGAAAUAGUUCAGGACACUAAGGAACAUUUAAAAACUUUUUACCAAAAGAAAAAGCUCAAGAACCAUCCCCACUUGCCCAAGAGACCCCUGACUGCUUACUUCCGCUUUUUCACGGAGAAGAGGGCCCAGUACUCCCAAAUGCACCCUGAGAUGAACAACCAGGAGCUGACCAAGGUUCUGUCUAAGAAAUACAAGGAACUCCCAGAACAAAUGAAGCUGAAAUACAUUCAAGAUUUCCAAAAAGAGAAAGAGGAGUUUGAGGAGAAAAUGGCUCAGUUUAGGAAGGACCACCCUGAUCUAAUGCAGAACUCUGACACUUCUGUUGUCCCUAAAAGGAGGAGCUCAACCAAAGUCCAAAAGACGUUUCAGGAAAAUGUAGAACCAGUGAAAUCUCCCCCAGUAAACAAUUUUUCUGAGAAGGUAAAAUUCCAUGGAGAGCCCAAGAAGCCCCCAAUGAACGAAUACCACAAGUUCCACCAGGAUUUGUGGUCAAGUAGGGAGCUGCAAGACCUGCCCAUGAGGGAGCGCAUGGUGGAGAUUGGCAGACGCUGGCAGCGUGUCCCGCUGAGCCAGAAGCAGCAUUACAAGAAGCAGGCAGAGGAGCUGCAGAAACAGUACAAGGUGGACCUGGACCACUGGCUCAGCAGUCUGUCCCCUGAAGAAUAUGCUGCUUACAGAGAGAGAUCCUAUGCUAAGCGUAAGAACAUGAACAUGACUGGAGGCCCGGACCCCAAGAUCAUGAGGAAAGAAGUGCUCUGUCCCUGA